AUGGUUUCUGAGAAUACUGCAACUCUACCCUCAAAAGUCUGGGCAACGUUGGUGACGAAUGAUGAUUAUCUCAAGGGCGUGCUGACGCUCAACUAUCGUCUGAGAUGUGUCAAGUCAAAGUACCCGCUGCUGGUUCUAUACACCAGCACAUUAUCUCAAGCCAGCGUCGAGUCUCUCAAGCGCCGGGGUGUAGCAGCCCUCCAAGUACCACGACUCGCUCCAACAACAGCAAAGGAAUACACCGAUGAUCCACGAUUCAACGAGUGCUGGACGAAGCUGAUCGCCUUCUCACUUACAGACUACUCACGAAUAGUCCUACUUGACUCGGAUAUGCUUCCUCUCCAGAGCAUGGAUGAGCUCAUGGACCUUGAUCUCGAUUUCCCGUUAUUAAGCGGAUCUGGAGAUACAGAGCGCAGCAAAAGAGUCUUUGCUGCUUGUCAUGCAUGCACUUGUAAUCCACUACGAAAGCCGCACUACCCGCCGAAUUGGAAACCUGAGAAUUGCGCCCUGACAACCCAGCACGUUUCACCGGACACAGCACAAACUACUGGAGCAGAUAACUCAUCGGGUUUGGGCAAGCUCAACAGCGGACUCUUAGUCAUAAACCCAUCGAAAGUCAUUUUCGAUCAGAUCGUCACAAAGCUGAAUGAGGCUGGUCUCGAUUAUCAAUUCCCAGAUCAGGACCUCUUGGCAGAUCUCUUCAAAGGUCGUUGGGUAGCGCUACCGUAUAUCUACAACGCCUUGAAGACGAUGCGGGAUCCAAGCGUGCACGGAGCCAUAUGGCGCGAUGACAAGGUAAAGAACGUUCAUUACAUUCUCAGUCCCAAGCCAUGGGAUGAGCUAGGGCCUGAUGGGACGUGGAAGGGAGAUAAACCUAUUCAUAAGUGGUGGAUUGACGCGUACAAGUCAAUGCGUGCAGAGGAAAAGACACUCGGAAUCUCGUAA